CCCUCAGUCGGUUGUAUUCUGAAAGGGGGAGGUCAUGUCUCCUGUCGGUAUUACUGAUGGAAUCCUGUUUGGGAUGGGCAAUCCCCUCCUGGACAUCUCUGCCCAUGGUGACCAGGAGUUCCUGGAUAAAUAUGGUCUGAAGGCCAACAACGCGAUCCUGGCCGAGGACCAGCACAUGCCGCUGUACGACGAGAUGGUGUCCCGCUUCAAGGUCAGCUACGUGGCCGGCGGCGCCACGCAGAACGCCCUGCGCACGGCGCAGUGGCUGCUGAGCCGACCGAACGCGUCCACCUUCUUCGGUUGUGUGGGCCGGGACGCCACCAGUGAGAAGCUGAGUGAUGCGGCCAGGGCCGACGGCGUCAACGUGGUGUACCAGUACAACGACAGCACACCCACCGGGCGGUGCGCGGUGGUGGUGACGCAGGGCGGCCAGUGUCGCUCGCUCUGCGCGCAUUUGGCAGCCGCUAACUGCUUCACGGCCGCCCACCUGGAGGACACCGCCCACUGGGCGCUCGUGGAGAAGGCGCACUACUUCUACGUUUCGGGCUUCUUCCUCACCGUGUCCAUCGAGUCCAUCCUGAAGGUUGCACAGUUCGCCGCCAAGCACAACCGCGUCUUCAUGAUGAACCUCAGCGCACCGUUCCUCUCGCAGUUCUUCAAGGACCAGCAGAUGAAGGCCUUCCCCUACGUUGACAUCUUGUUCGGAAACGAGACGGAAGCGGCCACGUUCUCCGCCGAGCAGAACCUGGGCACCACUGACAUCAAGGAGAUCGCCCUGAAGGCGGCCGCCCUGCCCAAGGAGAACACCAAGCGCAGCCGCAUGGUGGUGUUCACGCAGGGCGAGCUGGAGGUGGUGGUCGCCCUGGACGGCAAGGUGCAGACGUUCCCCGUCGGAAAGGUCGACGAUGUUCUGGACACCAACGGCGCUGGUGACGCCUUUGUUGGAGGGUUUCUGGCGCAGUACAUCCAGGGCCGGCCGCUGGAGGUGUGCGUGCGCUGCGGCGUGUACGCCGCCCAGGCGGUCAUCCAGUGCGAGGGCUGCACCUUCCCGGAGCGGCCCGAGUUUGUCGAGUAGCCGCGCGCGGCGGUGGCGGAAGAUCGGCGGCUCGGCGGCUCGGCGGCUCGGCUCGACCCGACUUUGGCUGGCGGCCCCGCGGCUCGACGUCGGCCGAGCUUCUGGCGGCUCCGGAUCGACUCCCGGGGGGCAGGGGGGGGGGAGCUGGCCAGAAGAUAGUUUGGGGGAGACGUUGAGCCGUCUCCUGGUCCCCUGGUGCGGUGCGGCACGUCAGGAGGCGUGUCCUGGUGCGAUCGGGGCUCGUCCUGAGUCACGCGUGAUGCCAGGCUGAUGUCCUGCUGCCGCCUGUUGUGAGGUGCACUAUGACUGCACGUCACGGACAGCAGUCAGGAGACACCUCCUGACGUGGGGCGCCGCAUCAGGAGCCAUCACCACGCAAUACAGCGCCUUCAUCAGCGGGCGUCAGCCCUGCGUCGCAGCUGUUCUCCCCAGGAUGGCUGCUUGACGUCAAAAUUCGACAUUUCACCUUCACUUGGACAUUCGAGGGACGUUAAUGGGUUACGAAUGGGUUUUGUUAUGCUGUUAGGAAGUAAGUUUUAACGUUUUGGCUCCGCGUGGACAGUGACGCCACUGCACUCAGCUGACUUCGGGGCGUGGCCUGCGCGCUGCCGUGACCGCAUUUGAUGCGCGUGGGGCCGACUGGGCGGGGGUUCCUGGCGGAUGCGUGGCGAUGCUGCAACGGCCAGCGCUGCGCCGGCUGGAAGCGGAGGGUGAGGGCGGGCGCGUCCUGUGCCCAUAGCUGGAGGCAUUUGCAUGACGGGCGCGGGGAAUACUUCUGGGUGGGGGCUGGGUGGUGGCACGCGUACCGUCUCUGGGAUAUUCGCACCGUACAAUAAUCUCUGUUCCGUGCAAUGCCACGUGCGUAAUACGAUGUGAGUGCUAGCGACUGCAGGGCUCAAAGGUGUUCGGGGCUGUUCAGCCACGUGUGACGUCUUGCGCUGCGUUCUGGCGGACUGCACUGGUCUUCGGCAGCAGUCGUAGACUUCUCAGACUUUUUAGACUUCUGUCUUACUCACUUCUCAGACUCGUUCAGACCUCUCAGACUUGUUCAGACUUCUCAUACAUCUAAGACUUGUUCAGACUUAUCAUACAUCUAAGACUUGUUUGGACUUCUGAUGCAUCUCCGACUUGUUCAGACUUCUUGUACUUCUCAGACUUAUUCAGUUUUGCCCAGACUCGGCAGCAGUCUCGGGGCGCGUUGUCUGUGUGACUGGACGUAUCGGGGCCACUUCAUGCGCGGUUCCGUCCCUACGCCUCAAAGAACCCGGCAUCAGCUUGUCACGUGAUCUUGACCAAUGUCCACACGCACUGUUUGGCCCCAGCGGCGCAUAAUUAACUGCAGACGGACUGUUGUAUUGUUACCAUAUCCCUUACCUCGUCUGGCAUUUUCAAGGGACCCCAGGUAUUUUGGCGUAUUCGCGAGGUGUGCGCCGCGCUGGUGCUGAUCGCCCGCGCGCGCUUCGGUUGCUGUUGGCCCGGCUGUUGCAGACAUUUUCCAGAGGCAGGCGCUUCGUUUGAUGCGUUGACACAAGCGCAGAUCGAGAAAGUGCCUUACCUCAGCGUCGUCUGGUGGUUUUCGUGGUGUUUUCGGCAGAUUUGUGCGGAGAAAACUGUGAGAUUGCACCGCAUUUUGGAGCGUGCGUAUCACGAUGGCGUUUUUCUGCUUGCGCAUGUCACUAGCUGGUGCACUUGUACGCUGGGUGAACUGGGGCGAAACUUGGGCAUUUUUUCUCCAAUACAUUCCCGUUAUAUCCUUUUUCUACCUCCCCAGACUCCCGAAACAUCCUGCUACAAGAAGCCCUGCCAUAUUGGCUUAGUGCGGCAAGUGAAACUUCAUACCAUGUAACCCGCAUUUUUAUUUUGUUUGUUUGAAUAUAGCAGGAACGCAGACAACCGGCGCGCGUGGUGAUGCUGUGGGCGAAGAGCAUGCGACAGCCUUCCUGAUCAACUGAUCCCUGAAGCACCCAGUGAGUUGGCCCAAACCGAGGGGGGCCAGGCUUUUACCAAUAUACUCAGCGCGGGAUA